CCACUGCAUCGCAUCACUCGGCCGCAAUGUCCAUGCGUCCAUCGGUCUCGGGAUGCUGUCGGACACGGCGGGCGAGAUCUCGCUGCAGCGGUCCGAGCCCCGAAGUGCCGGCUCAUCAGCCCCGAGGCAUCAUGUAUAUACCACGCUGCACCACGAGGAUGCUGCAAUCACCAUCAGCCAUGUCGACGCAUCCUUCCACGCCAUCUUAUGUCGAUCUCGGCUCGCCUCCUAGUAAGGUAGACGAUGAGAUCGACGGUGUACCAUUUUCCAUUGCAUUCAACGCGCUGAAUUAUGCCAUUCGCGUGCCUGUGCAGAUUCAAGUGGCCCUUGAGAAUCGGAAACACCAAUUCCUCGAAUCGCUAGCUGCCAACUCCCCCUCAUCCACAGCUACCCUGCUGCUGAGCUUUCUUCAACACCUGGUCAACGCGGAUACAGACUCUGAAACCGUCCGAUGUCUCCUCCAAGCAUUCAGUCGCGACUUUCUCUCCUCAACUGAUAUCCACAGCCUCGUCGCAGCCCUACCUGAGCCAUUACUCACAAAGAAGCACUUACUGCGCGCCUUCUAUGCUGCCAACCAUCAUGCCGCAUGGUCACCCUCAGUGCCACGCAGUGCCUUGCUAGGCGAUGCCGAACGAGGCCUCCGUCUCGUCGCCGUCUUCGGCGGUCAAGGAGCCUCCAACCCGCGCUGUGUCCAGGAACUUCAGGACCUAUACACCAUCUACGCACCUCUGCUCACGCCCCUCAUCGACGUCCUCGACCGUGAACUGACCCACCUGUGUCGUCACCCAGACACGGCUGCCUUCUAUCACGGCCGCAGCAUCCAACUCCGUAUUUGGCUGGACCAUCCAGACUCCGUGCCCGAUCCGGAAUACAUCCAGACCGCUGCGGUGAGCUUCCCUAUUAUCGGAGCCAUUGGCCUCGCUCAUUUCGCCAUUACCUGCCGCGUUUUGGACCAAACCCCCGGCCAGGUGCGGUCGCUCCUCCACGGGGUGACGGGCCACUCGCAAGGAAUCGUCGUUGCGGCGGGUAUUGCCCGCUCGGACUCGUGGGCUUCCUUCUAUGAAAAUGCUCAGCUGGUGGUCCGAACGCUGUUCUGGCUGGGGUAUGAGAGCCAGCAGGCUCCAACAGCUCGGGAAGCGGUGUCUGCGACUCUGGUGGAGGAGUGUCGUGCUCAUGGAGAAGGGAUUCCGUCGACGAUGCUGCAUAUUGGUGGUCUGUCCAAGGAACAAGUCGUCCAGAUCGUCGACCAGAAUAAUCGUGAACUGGCCGCCCACCGUCAGGUAUACCUGGCGUUGUCCAACACACGCGAGAGCUUCGUUGUAGCGGGUCCACCGCGCGCCCUCGUCGGUGUCCAUCGUCGACUGCGCCAGCUCAAAGCUGAUCCCGCACGCGACCAGUCGCGCAUCCCCUUUGAUCAACGGAAACCUGUCGUAAACCAUCAGUUUCUCCCUAUUUCUGCACCAUUCCAUACGCCGUACCUGCAGCAGACCGCACAGGCAGUCAAGAAGCGAUUAUCGGACUCGUGCUUUCAGGCAACAGAGCUUCGAUCCCCGGUGUAUCACACUCGUGAUGGAUCCAUGCUGGAGGGAGACAUCGAUGUCAUUUCCUCAGUAGUGGAUGCCGUCCUCACUGACCCCGUUGACUGGUCUAUCACCGUCCAAUUCCCCAGUGGUACAUGCGCCCUGGCCUUCGGGAAAGGCGUCGCAGACAUGCUAGCACGAAACCUCGAAGGUCGCGGAGUCGGCAUCAUCGACAGCACACAGCUCACCCCAGGAAAGGCUGCAUCCGGGGCAAGACCAGACAUAUUCGCGGGCCAUCUCUCUCGCUCGCUUGUCCCACCCAGCUGGGAGGAAGAAUUCCGUGCCCGGUUGAUCCAAGCCAAGACGGGCGAAGUGCGAAUCGUCACCAAACUGACCGCUGUGCUGGGAGCCCCGCCAGUGAUUGUAGCGGGCAUGACCCCUACGACAGUCCCGUGGGACUUUGUCGCUGCCAUCAUGAACGCGGGAUAUCAUGCUGAGCUGGCGGGGGGCGGGUACUAUAAUGCAGAGAGCAUGGAACAAGCCAUCACCACUUUGGCUGCUAAUGUCCCUCCCGGCCGGGGCAUCACAUGCAAUCUCAUCUAUGCCAGUCCAAAGGCCCUGGGGUGGCAGAUUGCCCUCCUCCGACGCCUGGCCCAGCCAGGUCCUUCCCCCGUCGAGGGCCUCACCAUCGGGGCCGGAAUCCCAAGCCCGGCGGUGGCCUCGGAGUACAUCACCACCCUCGGCUUGCGGCAUAUUACGUUCAAGCCUGGCUCGGAGACAGCAAUCGAUCAAGUACUGGAGAUCGCCAAAGCGCAUGCUGACUUUCCCAUCAUCAUCCAAUGGACGGGAGGGCGCGCAGGAGGCCACCACUCUUUUGAAGACUUUCAUGGACCAAUUCUGCGCAAGUACGGCGCCAUCCGGGCGUGCACGAAUGUCAUCCUCAUCGGAGGGGGUGGUUUCGGCGAGGCCCAGCAGGUGUAUCCGUAUCUGAGCGGGUCCUGGUCGGUUCCGCAUGGAUACGCACCGAUGCCCUUUGAUGGGAUCCUUCUAGGCAGUCGGGUGAUGGUGGCUCAAGAAGCCCACACAUCGUCCCAAGCCAAACAGCUCAUCUGUGCUGCUCCCGGGGUGGAAGCUGAUUCUCAAUGGACGCAAAGCUACGUCCGUCCCGCAGGAGGUGUAGUCACUGUGCAGUCGGAAAUGGGCCAGCCUAUCCACAAGCUCGCCACGAGGGGAGUCCUCUUCUGGAAGGAGAUGGACGAGCAGAUCUUCUCUCUGCCCCGCGAGAAACAGCUUGGCGCGAUCCAAAAACGCAAGAAGCAUAUCAUUCAGCGUUUGAAUGCAGAUUACUUCCGACCCUGGUUUGGAAAAAAGGCUACCGGGGAGCCGGUCGAGCUGGAGGAAAUGACCUAUCAGGAGGUUCUGGAGCGGUUGGUGGAUGUGAUGUAUCUCCGUGGCCAAGCACGAUGGGUUCAUCCGUCUUACACUCGUCUGGUGAUUGAUGUGGCGAUGCGAACCCUGGAGCGACUUCGCCAACCACCCGUAGACGGAGUGCCCACGCCGGAAACACUGUCCCGCGAUCCUCAAAGCUUCGUGGCUGAUCUCCGCCAUGUUGUCCCUCAAGCGGGCUCCGUCUUGCUACAUCCCGAAGAUAAGUCGUGGUUCCUGCAACGCUGUCGAGUCCCGGGACAAAAGCCCGUCAACUUCAUCCCGGUUCUCGACCAAGAUUUCGCGGUCUGGUUCAAGAAAGACUCCCUGUGGCAGUCCGAGGAUGUAGAUGCGGUCCCUGAUGAAGACGCUGACCGUGUCUGCAUCUUGCAUGGUCCGGUGGCUGCUCGGUAUGCCCACCGCAUCGAUGAGCCUGUUAAGGAAAUCCUCGACGGCAUGACAAUCCCCCUGGCAGAAAUGAUAGAAGCAGAGUUCUACGGAGAGACUCCCAUCCCAUGGGCGAACGAGCUCGAGACAGCCAGUGUGGACCACCACCGCCUCCGAAAUGCCCUCCAUGUGGUCGAAAUGGACCCAGGAGUAUUCACAUACCAGCCCUUGCCAGGAAAGAAACUCCCGGCUGCAGACCAAUGGCUGGAAUUUCUCGCCCACGAGACCAGUGGAUGGAUGCGCGCGAUUGUAUCUAGCCAGGACCUUCGCCGCGGUCCAGGACGACGUACAAACUGGCUGCGCGGCUGUCUCGUCCUCACAUGGAACACGGUGAUCACCAUUAACCAGUCACAGUCAUCACUGCUAGUCACUUGCGAUGAAGACGGCGGCACAUACCCCGUGGUAUCCAUGACCAGCACCGACGGCAUUCAAAUACUCGUGCAGGUAUACCAUCGAUCUCCCCGAAGUACUACCCCGAUCCCUCUCGAGCUGCAGUUCCUCUACAAUCCCGAGGGAGGUACCCUGAGCGAAGUCCAAGACCAACACGACAGUCGUGUUCAGUCCUUCUACCACAAGCUAUGGCUGGGGGAGAAUCCCCCGAGUCUCGGCACCAACGGCACAUACUAUAAUGGUCAGAAGAUCCUCACGGCUGAUCUUCGAGACGAGUGGGUAUCUGUUAUCGGCUUGUCCUAUUCCAAUCAGCGAGAUCUAUCAGCUGAAGGAAACUGCAUCCCCAUUCACGCCGCUAUGGUUCCCGCCUGGGAGGCCCUAGUAGCACCGCUAGUGACUCCCCACCACGAGGGCGAUUUGCUCAAACUGGUACAUUUGUCGAACAGCUUCCAGCUCGAGCCUGGAGAGUCCUCCCUGCAAAUCGGAGACGUAGUGGAGGUCUCCGCCUCAGUGCAGGCCGUCGUGGUGGAUGAACGAGGGAAGGAAAUCCAGGUUGUGGCCCAGCUGCAGCGAGAGGGCCGCCUGGCGAUGACCAUCACGUCUGCGUUCUUCAUUCGAGGUACUUUCACCGACACCCACGAGUGUUUCAGAACUACCGAAGAGCCAGAGAUCCUUCUGCACAAGACCACACCCGUCGACGAUGCCAUCCUCAGAGACCGGCCCUGGUUCCACGUUGACGAUUCCGAUUCCGCCUCUCUGAUCGGAGAAACUCUCUCCUUUCAACUGCACACCCAUGAACGCUGGACAAAGGGCAGCCAAACUCGCCGCAAUAUUCAGACAAUCGGGGAAGUCUACAAACUUGGCCCUCGCGCUGGCACACGCGUCCGGGUCGGUGAAGUCCGAUUCCAGAGUCCAUCCACCCCGGGCAACCCAGUCCUUGAUUUCUUGACGCGAAAAGGACAGAAAGCCCUCGUUCGUCAAGAGCUCGCUCAACCCGGUUGGCCUGGUCCGAUAAGUUCCCAAACCGUGCAAAUGCCCGCCAGCAGCGAACGGUAUAGCCAAAUCUCUACCGAUAGCAAUCCUAUCCACACCGCACCCACAUUUGUCCAGAUUGCUCAACUCCCUGGCACCAUCGUCCACGGCAUGUACACCUCGGCUGUGGCCAGCAGCGUGCUCGAGCAUCUGAUCGAUGGGUGCGACCCGCGACGACUGCGGCGUUGGUCUGUCCGAUUUGUCGGAAUGGUCCGCCAGAGCGACAAGGUCACAGUCCGGUGUCGCCACAUCGCCAUGAUUGAGGGUCGAAUGGUGCUAGACAUCCAGGCCUUCCGACAGGGCGACGACAGCGAAGAGGAAGAAAAGGUCCUCGACGGCGAGGCCGAGAUCGAGCAGCCUCCCACAGCGUAUGUAUUCACCGGACAAGGUAGCCAAUCGCCCAACAUGGGAAUGGACAUCUACCGGUCUAGCCCAGUGGCCCGGCAAAUUUGGGACGAGAUGGACGAGUAUUUCCGAGACAAUUACGGCUUCUCCAUCCUGCAAAUCGUCCAAGACAACCCCAAAGAACUCACCAUCCACUUCGGAGGUCCCCACGGCCGACGCAUCCGCGAAAGAUACCAAGCCAUGCGCGUCGACAGCAUCUCCCCAGACGGCCAACCGAUCAGCAAACCAGUCCUCCCCGGCCUGACCUCCACAACCCGCUCACAUACCUUCCGCGAGCCCCGAGGCCUAAUCUACUCCACCCAAUUCGCCCAACCAGCCAUCACCAUUCUCGAAAAGGCCAUCUUCGAAGAUAUGCGCGCCCGCGGACUCAUCCAAGAAGGGGCGCCGUUUGCAGGCCAUUCCCUCGGCGAGUACGGCGCCCUAGCUUCAAUCGCGGAGUUCAUGCCCUUCCCGUCAUUCAUGGACGUGGUGUUUUAUCGCGGUUUGGCUAUGCAAUUGGCCAUGGAGCGUGAUGAGGCCGGUAUGACGGAAUACUCUAUGGUGGCGGUGAAUCCUAGACGAGUUGGGCCGGCAAUCACCGAAUCAUCCAUCCGUCGCAUCAUCUCCAUGAUCGCAAAGCAAAGUAACCGACUCCUCGAAAUCGUUAACCUGAAUGUCUCGGGCGAGCAGUACGUCUGUGCAGGACACCUCCGCAACAUCCACGCCCUAACCACCGUCCUCAAUGAACUUUCCCACCUCCCAACUGACCCCUCACACCUCCCCACUGGCUCUGACUCCACCCUCCUAAACAUAAUAACCCAAGCCCUCACCACCGCCGAAACCAUCCCCAAACCCAUCCCAUUACUCCGAGGCAUAGCAACCAUCCCUCUAGUCGGGAUCGAUGUCCCGUUCCACUCGUCCAUGUUAAGGGACGGCGUGCCCGGGUAUCGACGUUUCCUGCAGGCGAAGGUGCGCGAAGAAGAUGUGCAGCCUGAUGUUUUGGAGAAGGGGUAUAUACCGAAUGUCACGGGCAGGAGGUUUCGGUUGGAGAGGGGGUAUGUAAAGGAGGUGGGGGAGUUGACGGGGAGUGAGGUUUUGAAGAAGUGGGAGGGGAAGAUGUGUUGAGUUGUAAUUUGUGAGUGAAAUGGUAUGAUAUGAUGUGUAUGUAUUGAUUGUUGAGCGUUGCUUUGAGGGUUAUAUGUUGUUUUGUGUUGUGUGAGAAUGGAAUGUGAUUUUGAGUAUUGUCUGUCUUUGG